AUGCCUAGCGGCAGGUCGUUCCGCCAAGGCUCGUACGGAAACAUGUUUUAUGACGGUGGAUCACCACGCCUCUUUGACUCGGCACAGAUGCCAUUUGGCCAGUCCAUGAACAUGGACGGCUCAUUUGUCACCUCGUCUGCCGCCUUCAACCUCGCAGGCUCUUACCGGGGAGGCCGCUCGUACGCCGAUGCCGCAAGGGGCCUAGGCGACUACAGCCCAGCCAUGCUAUCCCACUCGCUUGCGUCUACCUCACUGAGGGACCAUGCUUUUGGCGGUUCAUACAUUGGCUCGUCGUACAAACGUAGUCAGCUCGAGAGAAUGCUCAGCACAAGCAUCGGUAGGAGCAAGGAGAACGAGGAAGUGUACGCCUGCUGUGGCGACAAGUUUACUGGCUUGCACGCUCUUACCGAACAUAUCGAGGACAACCCAGAGGACCACCAGGACGACCCCGAGCCUCACCACGAUGCCGGCAUGUUCUCACCCUUGGUCAUGGGCAUGGACCUCGAUCUCGAAACCGACCCAUACAACGUCCCUUCCACAACCAACUCUACCCGCUCUUCCAUCUCUCCCAGGCCAGUACCCAACUAUCCCCUCACGCCCACGACCUCUACUGCUCCCCGCGCCGAUCAGCCUUCCUCCAACGAGUCCACCGGGGCCACCGGGCUCAAGCUCUCCGAGUGGCUCAAGUCUCCAGCCAACAUUGACGCGUCAGCUCUUCCAGACGGCGGCCACGUAAUCGACCUCUCAAGUGGCGUGCCUAAGUUUGCAUCUGCAGUCCGUGGUGGCUUCCGUGGUGGCAAUGCUCCUGGCGGUCACCAGCGGUUCGACCGUGCUUUCAACGAGGUUGUCGCUGGUCACGCUGGUCUCGAGGACCCCAACAAGCCGCCUGGACCACUCGCUGUUGCACCAAGCGUUCUGUUUACAAAGGUUCCUGCUAUGGGCCUUCCUCAGGCGUCCGCCGUCGUGGGCCGCCGCGAGGGUACCGCCGGUACUGCUGCUCCCGUGCCAGUCUCUGCCCCAGCCGCUGCAGCGCCGGCUCCAGACGCGUCCACUCCAGCGGCUGUACCAGCGGCUGUUGCCGAGGUCAAGAAGGAGGGUGAAGUCGCGGCGGUCACGACGGACGCGCCUGCCGCCGAAGGCGCCCCUCCUCCACCGCCAAGCGUUAAGGGUCCCGAUGCUCGAGCGGCCGACACUCCGUUGCCGCCUCCGUCGCUCUUCACCACCCACAAGGCCUGGCGCUGCCCGAACCCAGGAUGCAACAAGGCGUACAAGCAGAGCAACGGUCUCAAGUACCACCUCGCCAAGGGCCAGUGCGACUUUGCGAUCCACGACGCUAUCGGCAACGGCCUUACUCUCGAGGAGGCUGAGCAGCGCGCCCGUCCAUACGUGUGCGCUGUCGGCGCUGGGUGCGACAAGCGCUACCGUCAGAUGAACGGUCUCAAGUACCACUACCUGAACACUGGUGACCACGGCCAGUAUGGUCUACGCAUGAUUGCCAAUGGCACGCACCCCCAGCCAGCCGCCAAUGCCCCGAUGCCGAAGCGCGACCGCUCCCAGCAGCCGCGCAACAACGGCGUCCCGGUGCCGAACGCCAACGCCCGCGCCGGCGCUGCCCCCUACAGCGUACCGCAGCGUCCCACUGCGUCCAACCCUGUGGCUAACGGGGCUCCGAACGGGGUCGUCAAUGGUGUUGUCGGUGUCCCCGGCGUCGCUGGUGUCGCCAACGGUGUCGUCAACGGCGUGCCUCACGCCGCCGUGCCGAAGCCAGCCGCGCCACCAGGUCCUCGCAUGGGCACCUGGCCAGUUCCGCAGCGCGCGGGUGUCCCCCCUCCCACCGCUGUGCCCACCGCCACGCGUCCCGCCGCACCAGCGGUCACGCCGGUGACGGCCGCGACCAAGGCGCCGGCAUCCACGAUGCCCGUGCAGCGCGGCCGCGACGCAGUCCUCUUCUCCAACGUGGACUUUUUGGACGUCUAA